AUGAGUAAGAAAGAGGACGAUAACGCCGAAUCUCUCUUAAACCUCUCCUCGCAGGAGCUGAACGAGGAAAAAGAGAGAUUAGGAAAGAAGCUUGACGGCAUGGAGAUGAAGAUGAAAGAAUGGAAUGAGCAUGUCAACAAAUCCCCCCCUCCCGCCACCGCCAAGAAGAAAGAUGAAUACGAACAAUUCCUGCAUGAAAUGAAAGUUGUGGAAACAGCACGGAUAGAAAUCGAGAAGGAAUUAAACAGGAGAAAACAGGCAACAGAAAGUGAUGAAGAGAAAUGGAAAGCCAAAGAAGAAAAAGUAGAAGCAACCCUUAAGGAACACUUGGACACCCUGGACAUUAUUAGGAACAUGAUUUACGAUUUGGAUAGUGACAGCGGAAAUAAGGAGAUCAAAAUCGGAAGGAAAACCUACAGCAAAGGAAAUGACACACGGAAGAAUUUAAUGAACACACUGGCAUACAAAAAGGAGCAAAUCAAACUUGCAAAAGCGGAACUGGACAGGAUAAGGAAGAAAACGGAAACCAAAGGACAUGAGGAACAAAUUAGCAAAAUCUUAGGCACAGAAGAAACGGAAAUGGAAGUGGAGAUCAUCAAUGAACUCAAGAGAAGAAGAAAAGAAGCCCUUGACACAUCAAUGGAGGAUAUGGAUGACGAUGACUUGGUUUUUCUGAGGAAAUCUCAAGGUCUGAAGAGAGUGAGAACAGCGACGUCUAAAGGAGCGGGAAUUGGAAAAGAAUCAGUUUCUAGAGGAAGCUCACCAACUGUGAAGCAAGCUUACAGGAGCAGGUGUAACUCACUGCCGACAAGGAACAGUGGCCUCAAGAAAAGAGGCGAAAAAGAAACCGAUGGAACUACCACAGAAACUCAGAAAAACAUGGAACUAAAGGACCUGUUGAAUGCCCUUUUGACUCAAAUCAAAGAGCAAAUGACCACAAUGAAGAAAAUAAAGGAAGAUAAUGAAAAGAACCACCAGAAACUUCGAGAGGAGAAUGCGAAAACUAUGGAAACCUUCCUCCAACAAUUGAAAGAAUUGAAGGAAAACCCAAAAAAUCUAACAGAAAUAGGAAAAUUAGAGAAGGAGCUCCGAGAUAGUAAAGAAGAGCUAAAGAAAAUGAAAACAGAGAACGAAAAAUUGACAAAAACAACUAAGGAGAUGAAAGAGGAAUUAAAAAAGCUUAAGGACAACCUCGACAAAAACGGAAAAUCGCAGAAAGAAGAGAAUAAGAAAACUCAGGAAAAACUGGAUAAAAUCGGCAAAACUAUGAUAACGGAAAAAACGGUGGAAAAAGUGCUUAAAGAAACAAAGAGCAAACUUGAGAUGAAGGAAACAAGGAACAAGGGUGAAAAACAGUUUAAAGAAAAUAUAAUCAACAGGAAUGACAACAUGACUAAAGUAAAGGCAACCUUGGAGGGAAAAACCGGAGAAGAAACAAAGAAAAAAGUCAACAGUGUGCUAGAAAAAUAUCCAGAAUCGACUAUAACUGCAAAAACGUUUUUGCAAGCAGUUAUUCUAAAUGGCCCGACUGAAGAGAUAAGGAAAGUGGAAGAGGAACUAAAGCAAGAGGAAAUGAAAAUACAGCCUGUCAGACCAACAGGAACUGUUUUCCGGAUAAAUUAUGUAGAUGAGGACAUAUCAACCGAACGUAUCCCCUAUCAUAUAUACAUCAAGAACAUGAAAGGUAUUGCGGGAUGGACUGAAGAAAGAGUUAGAGAGUCUAUUACUGUUUUUGCAGACAGAAAACGAACUUGGACCCGAAAUGAAAGAGAAGAUGUAACGAGAUGGAUCCUGAUCAGGGCAACAAACGGACUGGGAAGAUUUCUGACUACUAAAUCAAAGAUUUUUAUAGGAUUCAGUAACUGCCCCAUCUUCCCUACAGCGGUGGUUACCCCCUGUGGGAAAUGCGGAUCGGUGUAUCACAGCACCAAAUCAUGCGAAGAGAAGGAAAUGUGCUGGUCGUGCGGCAGUACAGAACAUAAAAACAAGGACUGUAAGGACAGGAAAAUGAAGAACUGUGAGCGAGAAGGAAAGAAGGAAACAAAUCAUCACAUGUUCGACGAAGGAAAAUGCAUUAUAUACAGGAAGGCAAUGGAGAGGGCAAGAAGGCUGGCAGGCAUGUUUGAAAAACCCGAGGAAGAAUUAAGCACUUCAAAGGAGGGCAGUUUCCAGUAUCAACGUAUCAUCACAGGCAUGGAGACUGAUGACACAUCAUAUUCAUGCUAG